AAGAAAGCCAGGAAAAAAGGGAUAAUUUUUUCUUAUAAAUUAACUAUUUUUCUCUGAUCCUUUGAACAGAAAAAGAUGGUGGUGUCUCGGCGAUUCGCUCAAGUGUCGAGUGACGAUGAAGACGACGUACCAUUGACGAGGUUUAAAGGAGGGAACUCAAGGAGCCCUGAGGUUUCAAUGGAAGGGAAGCGGAGGAAGCGCAAGCCGGUGAAGCUGUACGAAGAUGAUGAUGAAGACGAUGCGGAAGAGAAGGAAGCGGAGAGGAAGAGGAAGAGAAGGGGGAGAAAAGAGGAGGAUGAGGAGGAGGAAAUGCCUCCGGAGAGAGAAGAGGAGAAGCCUGAUGACGCGAUGCCGAUUGGUGAAGCGGUUAAGGUUACGGGUAAAGGCAAAGGGAGAAGAACCCAUUUCACCCAAUUCGAGUAUGAUAACAACAUAUACGAACUUGAGGAUCCGGUGCUGUUGGUUCCAGAAGACAAUAAGCAAAAGCCAUAUGUUGCGAUUAUUAAGGACAUUACCCAAACCAAAGAUGGAAGCAUGAUGAUUCUGGGACAGUGGUUUUAUCGUCCAGAAGAAGCAGAGAAAAAGGGUGGUGGAAACUGGGAUUCAAGUGACACUCGGGAACUGUUCUACAGUUUCCAUCGUGAUGAAGUUCCAGCGGAAUCUGUGAUGCACAGAUGCGUGGUGUAUUUUGUGCCAGCCCAUAAACAGCUUCCGAAACGCCAAAACCACCCUGGUUUUAUCGUGAGGAAGGUCUAUGAUACUGUUGAGAAGAAGCUGUGGAAGCUGACUGACAAAGACUAUGAAGACUCCAAACAACAUGAAAUCGACCUUCUUGUUGAAAAGACGAUGUCCCAAAUUGGUGAUCUUCCUGACCUUGAACCUGAGGAAGUGCCUGCUGAUCUAGAGAAUCCGUGGAAGGGUAAAAGAUCUUUCCGGAAACCAAACAUAGCUCCUGUUGAUGUUAGAAAGGAGGACGACGCCUCUCUAAAACCUGAGACACCUGGAAGUGUUAUGGGUAUUCUAUCGGAGUAUCAUUCUAUCUUAGAGAAGUUUGAUUCGCUAACAGGUGAUACUCAUCGUGAUAAGUGUUUGGGGAAGCUUCUGGAAGCAGUCCAGCAGAUAUGCUAUACCGCUGAUAACAAACAGGCUGGCGAUGAAGCAAAGGUGGUCUCAGAUGAAGCAAAUGUGGGUUCAGAUGUAGCAAUGGUGGAUGCAGAUGAAGCAAAGGUGGGUUCAGAUGUAUCCCGUGUUGAACAGGAUGAGAAAGAUACAAUGGCUGAAAAUGGAUCUCACGAAAAUCCAUCAAAGGGUGAGAAUUUUCUCUGGCCAGAUGCUGCUGUUCCUCCGGUGUGUGCUCUUGAGCAGGCUUUACAUGAUGCUCUUGCAUCGGAUUACCAUAAGUACAAUCAAAAGAUGAGGACGCUGGUUUUCAAUCUCAAGAACACUGCACUGCUAGCUAGACGUCUGCUCAAUGGCGAGUUAGAGCCUGUGAAGAUUUUGAACAUGUCACCCACUGAAUUAAAGGAAGGUCUAACUGCUGAAGAAACAGAGAAGAAGGAGCCUGAUGAUGCUGAACGAAUGCAGAUGACUGAUGCAAGAUGCUCGAGGUGCAGUCAGAUUAAAGUUGGCCUGAGGGAUAUCAUCCAAGCUGGACAUGGAGAUCGCUAUCAGCUGGAGUGUAUUGCCUGUGGUCAUUCCUGGUACGCCUCAAGGGAUGAGGUAUCAACUAUGACUAUCGACACAGAGAAACCUGCACAAGUCACAGAGAAUGAGGACGUAGAGAUGAGUUUGGCGAGUCCUCGUGAAGCUGAGAAGAAAGCCACAGACGAAUCCUUGAAGACGACCAAUGACUCAAAUGCUGACAACAACCUUGAAGCUGCCGAGAAACCAGAGUAAAAAAGCUAUCUUAGGGUUUCCAACUUUUAACCCUAUGUUUAGGGUUUUGAGUUUGAAAUCCAACUGAGUUUCGUUUUAACAUCUGAUUAACCGUAUAGUUAAGUCAGGUAAAGCUUAUUUUAUGACAACAAAACUAAGACUUUGAUUAUGGUCAUAUAUAUCAAUUGUCAAUGGAACCUCAUUUACAUAUACUAUUAUUAUGGGUCUUAUCCUUUUUGUCUUUAUAUCUAUCAUCAAUUGUGGGCAAAUAUCACCAAUUGUCU